AUGUUGAACUUGCGAAUUGAGAUUGAAUCACUCGUGGGGCUGAAGCCCAGAGAUACCCAAAGUCUCAACGGUCAAUGGAACAAGAGCGAAGGAUUCAAUAAGUUCAUUGAUUAUUUGAACUUGACUGAUGGUCCCCGUAUCAUCAAACAUGGCCCCGCAUCAAGCAAUGCAUACUCAUGGAGCAUGCAGUUGGACGAGUCGCUGUCUGGUGACGGAAGUUGUACCGUUAUAAUUCGGUUUCCGGACAUGUUUGUUAAUGAAGACAGCAACUGGAGAGAAGACGUCCGUUCUUUCUGGGCAAAGUUGAACAAUGCCUGCGAAUUCGUAUUCGUCAACACCCUCCCAAAGCAAAAGGUGACAAUUCGGCCACUGGAGCCGAGUGUUGGUAUUUCUCAAUUCAAAGCAUGGGCACAUGCCUGGAUACACUUUUUUGAAACCAACAUGAUGAUGGCUGGGAUGAAGAAGGAUGUCUUUAAAAUGAGUCCGGAAGAGAAAGGAGGGCUUUCACAACAAACUGGACGACUAUUGGAGGACAUUGAAAAACGCUUCCCCGAGAUAUACAUUACUCCGAAUGCUCUGAUGUAUAAGAAGCUCCCUCUAUGGGUGGAGUACUUCGUUUGGUUCGCUAAGGCAUCACUGAGUAUUGAGAAUACUCGUCUUUUCAAGUACCAGAAGGAUAUUAAAGGCCUCCAGAAAUUUAUAACGGAGAAUGUUCCUGAAGCUGAUCUUGACUUGAAUCAGGUUACCUCAGAACCUGGCUGCGGACCUGUGGCAUAUCUGACGCACAACUUGUUUACCGAGGAAGUGCAGUAG